AGGCUUUGAUUCUCCUCUGAUGAGAUACACACUAAAUUAUUCAAAGGGGAAAAUACCACAUAUGACAUUUCCAUUAUAGAGCAAAUUCUACUUUAAGCCCUGCUUUUCAUGGGCUCAUUUACAGAAGCCCAGGGGAAUGUCCUUACCCCUGCAGGCUUUUCUUUCUUUCUUCCCCCCCCCCUUUUUUUUUUCUUUUGUUUUUCUCAUUUUGAUUUGUUUUGUUUUUUGUUGCAGAUGAAUGACCAGGGGACUUUUAAGGUACCUUCUUGGAUGGAUCAGUCUUAAUGGAACAAUCUGAAAACUGAAUAAGUUAUUUAUGGAAGCCCUCUCCAGAGUUUUACUGAGAUAAAUGCAGAUUGUAGAAAUAAUUAUAAAAACAGACCUCUUCUUAUUUAGCACUUGGGAACACAUGUUUUGAGGCUUCCAUUUUUUGAGGUUGUUUCAUUUAACAGGGAAUGGAUCUGCAUAAGCAGAUCAGUCCACUGUGUAAGGGCCAGCUGGCACUGUCCCGUAGCUAUCACAGAAAUGUCAUCAGCCUCCUUCUGCAAAGCUCCAUACAUAGCAUUUCACACUGUGACAGAGUCUGUUUGUGCAGAGAAAGAAGAAUAAUGGAGAAGUCCAGGAAAUCAUUUACUGAUUUCGUAGAUAAGGCAAUAGCAGCUGCCAACUUAAUGAAUCGUGAUGAACUGAUGUUUUCUUACAAGGGAAUUCUCUACCCUACCACUAUUUGCAGUCCUGAAGCAUUCAAAGCCUUGGAGUCCUUUGAAGCCAGAAGUGAUGAUAUAAUUUUGGCAGGAUACCCUAAAUCUGGCACAAACUGGCUAAGUCAAAUCUUAACUGACCUCAUAGCCAUAUCUCAAAAGAAAACACCGUGUAAGGAAAGCAGUGGGAACGCUGAAGAACUAGAAGAAUUCCCCUACCUUGAAGUUGGUGAUCCUGAGAAAUAUGAGCGAAUGAUCAAAUUACCUUCUCCAAGAUUCAUGGUUACUCAUCUCCGUCCUGAAAAUCUUCCUACAUCUAUCUUCAAAAACAAAGUCAAGAUACUGUUACUGAUUCGUAAUCCAAAAGAUGUAGCUACAUCUUUUUACCAUUUUUCCAAUGGCCUGGCUACUCUUCCCUCCUACGAGACCUGGGAUGAGUUCUUCACAGAUUUCAUGUCAAAGAAAAUGGCCUGGGGAUGCUACUUUGAAUACCUUUCCGAAUGGAAUAAGUACAUUGACAAAGAAAAUAUCAUGACAAUAACUUAUGAAGAGCUAAAAGAGAAUCGUGCCCUAGGUGUGAAAAACAUAGCUGCAUUCUUUGGAAUUCCUCUGACUGAGGAAGAGCUCCAGCUUGUGGUAGAGAGGAGCAGUUUCCAGUCUAUGAAGAAAAACUCAGAGAAGACCCAUGGGACAUUUGGCAAUAUUCUCUUUCGCAAAGGUGGUGUAAGUGACUGGAAGAAUCUUUUCAGUGAAGAUCAGAAUGAUAAAAUGGACAAAGUGUUCGAAGAACAUAUAGCAGGAACUAAGCUCGGAAAAAAGUUGAAGUAUGACUUGUACUGCAAAGCCUGA